AUGAGCUCAGCUCCAAAUACUGCUAUUCGUAGACCAACCACACAGCCACAACUUGGCUUUUUCGUUUAUUUACUAGCAUUUAUGGCUGUAAUUGGUGGUUUUUUAUUUGGCUAUGAUACGGGAAUUGUCUCGAGUACGAUGCUUUAUGUGGAACAUAAUGUUGGUAUGAGACCAAUGAGUACACUUUGGAAAGAACUUAUCGUCAGCAUAACACCAGGCACAGCUGCGAUCGGUUCACUUUUUGCCGGUCCAGCAUCUGAUUAUUUCGGAAGAAAGAAAAUCAUCUUAUCAUCCAGUACUGUGUUCGUAUUAGGUGCUGUUAUCUGUGCGAUUGCUCCAGAAAAAGUAACAUUACUUAUUGGAAGAUUUCUACUCGGUUUUGCUAUAGGAUUUGCAUCAAUGACAGUGCCAAUUUACGUUGGUGAAGCAUCCCCUUCACACAUUCGUGGUAUUCUACUUACUGGUUUUCAGUUAAUGAUUACUUUUGGCUUGAUGGCUUCCAAUAUCAUAGCUGGUGGAUUCUCAUAUAUUGACCCUGUGAAUACUGGCUGGCGUUUAAUAUUCGCAUUUGCUGCUUUACCCGGAAUAAUACAAUUCAUUGGCUUUUUGUUCCUGCCAGAGAGUCCCCGAUGGUUGUAUAAAAUGGAUCAAAAAGAAGAAGCUUGUAAGGUCUUGAGCAAAAUCUACAAUGGGUACGAGGACUGGAUAGCCUAUGAAAUUUCUGAAAAUGCGGAAUCAUUGGAAAGUGAAAAGAAAGCCAAGGAAGCCGUCGGUGAGUCGAUGUUGCUUGGACGAAUCUUGACAACACCACAUGUUCGGAAAGCACUUAUUAUUGGAUGUUCCUUGCAAGCUUUUCAACAGCUUUCUGGAAUUAACACCAUUAUGUAUUACACGGGCACAAUAAUUCAAUCAGCUGGUAUUCAAGAUCCACAUACAGCGAUCUGGAUUUCAGCUGGCAUUUCAAGUGUCAAUUUCUUGGCCACAUUUGUACCAAUGUAUCUAAUAGAGCGUAUUGGACGUCGGCUACUGCUGUUCAUAUCAAUGACUGGUGUAAUAUUGGCAUUAUUCGCUAUGGGAUCUGCAUUUCUAUUAAUAAAUCUUGAUUCAGCUCCCUCACUAGAUCCAAACACCAUCUCUCUCGACACUACCGUACACCACUAUAUGCAAUGUCGAGUUUUAAGCAACUGUGAUCAUUGCGUUACUGAUGAAAAAUGUGGCUUUUGCCAACCGAGUCUCGACUCGCCUGAAGGUUAUUGUUUACCAUAUUCACGCACAUCCCCCGAACGAUCACUGACUGGUCCGUGCGAAAACAGUAAUGUAACAACGACCAAAUGGGAAAAUUCAUUCUGUCCAUCAAAAUAUGCAUUUAUACCAAUUGCUGUCAUGGUGGUUUACUUGGCAUUCUUUUCUAUUGGUUAUGCACCAAUGCCAUGGGUGUUAAAUGCGGAAUUUUAUCCACUUUGGGCACGAGGUACAUGCUGUGCAUUGUCAACAUGCUUCAAUUGGACAUUUAACUUGAUUAUCUCUUUGACAUUUUUAUCCCUCACGCAAGCUGCUACUAAAUAUGGCGCAUUUUUCAUCUAUGGUUGUAUAACAUGCAUUGCGCUUGUCUUUUUCUACUUUGCCAUACCCGAGACAAAGGGCUACAACAUUGAAGAAAUCGAAUUACUGUUCAUGUCUCGACCUAAGCAAAGACAACAAAUAGUGCCAAUGGCUGAUCAACGAUUUAAUGAAAAAAAGCAUCGCGAUAUGACAACAGUCACUUGUAAUCAGUCAGAUGUAUUUUGA